UCAGGCUUCUUUGUUUUCCCCAUGAGCAAAUGCUCUCACUUGAGUCUUGGCCCUCUCACUUGAGUCAUUAACCUCAAAACCUACAGCUACUGCCUCGCCGCCUACCUCUCACUCACUUCUCAAACCUCUCUUCUGAGCUCUCUCUCUUCCAUUUUCGCCUCUCUCUGAGUUUUAAGGUAUAAGGUCGCUGCUGCUCCAAGUUUUCCAUCAAUGGCAGCCUCUCACCUCUCUCAUUCUGCUCCCCACUCUCUCUCUUUCUCUAAGCCCCUGCAAAAUCCGACAAAGCUAACGUUCUACUCCCAUUUCUCACUCCCGAAAGCCCAACGAAGACGCCUCUCUCUUCAAGCUGUCUUAUCAGAGAAUCUUCCCAAAGUGUCUUCACCUAUAAAGACCAGAAACCGUAAGUUCCACCAUUGCUUCAGCAAAUCUGAAGAUGGGUUUUUGUACUGUGAGAAACUAAAGGUCCAAGAAAUAAUGGAGGCCGUCGAGAAGAGGCCUUUCUAUCUCUAUAGCAAGGAUCAGAUUACCAGGAACUUUGAAGCUUACAUGAAUGCUCUUGAAGGGCUUGAUUACAUUAUAGGCUAUGCGAUUAAGGCGAACAAUAAUUUGAAGAUUUUGGAGCAUCUUAGAGGAUUGGGUUGUGGUGCUGUUCUUGUUAGUGGGAAUGAGUUGAAAUUGGCUCUUCAUGCUGGGUUUGAUCCAACUAAGUGUGUAUUCAACGGGAAUGGAAAACUCUUAGAAGACUUGGUUUUGGCAGCUGAGAAAGGCGUUUUUGUGAAUGUUGAUAGUGAAUUCGACUUGGAAAACAUUGUAACUGCCGCAAGAAUUGCAGGGAAAAGGGUCCCAGUUUUGCUUCGUAUCAACCCUGAUGUGGAUCCUCAGGUCCAUCCCUAUGUUGCUACUGGAAACAAAAAUUCCAAAUUUGGUAUUAGAAAUGAGAAGCUCCAAUGGUUUUUAGAUGCUGCGAAGUCGCAUCCCAAUGAGCUGAAGCUGGUGGGGGCCCAUUGCCAUCUUGGAUCAACAAUUACUAAGGUGGACAUUUUCAGGGAUGCUGCGCUUCUUAUGGUGAAUUACAUUGAUGAAAUUCGGGCUCAGGGCUUUGAAAUUAGUUACUUGAACAUUGGAGGUGGUUUGGGAAUUGAUUACCAUCAUACAGGUGCUGUCCUUCCAACUCCUAUGGAUCUCAUCAACACUGUACGAGAGCUGGUCCUUUCCCGAGGUCUUAAUCUUAUUAUCGAGCCUGGAAGAUCUCUCAUUGCAAAUACCUGCUGUCUGGUCAACCGGAUCACUGGUGUUAAAACAAAUGGAACCAAAAAUUUCAUUGUGAUAGACGGAAGCAUGGCAGAACUUAUCAGGCCUAGUCUCUAUGGGGCUUAUCAACACAUAGAGCUUGUUUCUCCUCCAGCACCUGAUACUGAAGUUUCUACCUUUGACGUGGUUGGGCCCGUCUGCGAAUCUGCAGAUUUCUUGGGAAAAGAUCGAGAAUUGCCGACCCCUUCGAAGGGUGCUGGCCUUGUCGUUCAUGAUGCCGGGGCAUAUUGCAUGAGCAUGGCAUCGACAUAUAAUUUGAAAAUGCGACCUCCUGAAUAUUGGGUGGAGGAUGGAUCCAUUGUUAAAAUAAGGCAUGAGGAGACAUUUGAAGAUCAUCUCAGGUUUUAUGAAGGCUUGUAACUGGAUUACAUAAACCCUAUUCUCUACCGAGUUUAAUAUGCGGAUGUGUUGAAAUCGUCACCAGUUGCGAGUGCUUCGCAAGAGAAAUGAUAAUUUAUGCUUAAAAUGUAUGCUUAUAUCGCACAUGAUUUGCAAUCUUAGAAGAGAGGGGGAUCUGUGCGUCACACUAAAACAGACACCUUCCUUCA